AUGACUCGCCUUGAUAGAUACCUUGAUAGAUACCGCCUCACAUCUAUUUACGUCCUAAUCUUGUUCUUCGCCGCUUUCGUUCUCUCAGAGCCUGUUCAGUAUUGUCGAUUCGGCCACAGGGAAAAUGGACCAUCUGAAGUUGACUUUUGCAUGGGCGUUACGAUGCACUACAACGUAUCUUCGAACCAUCACGAUAUGUACCUAACGAUGGAAAUCCCUCGAGAGUCCGCUCUUGGAUGGACUGCCAUCGGUACCGGAUCAUCCAUGAAAGGAUCGUUGAUGGUGAUAGUCUACGGGAACCCUUCCGACCAGCAUGACCCCAUUGUUAGUAUCCGUACUGUCGACGGCCACUCGCAGCCCAAGUUGGUCUCACAGGACCAGAUGGGCGGAACGGAUCUUCGAGUGCUUCAAGCAUCGUGGGUGCAGGGUACUCGUGGAAUGACGGUUGCGAAAAUAGCCCUUGUGUGUCUAUCAUGCGAAAAGUGGCCUGGUGCUCCGAUCUCCGCGCAAGCACCAUCCCAGCCGUGGAUAUGGGCGUGGAAUGAUAACCAAGAUUUCCAAGUAUUCUCCUACGAUGCCCAUUUACGUAUGCAUAAGCACCAUGCUAAAAAUGGUGGUUGGGGUGUUUUCUAUGUGGAUAUGGCUCGAUCGGUUAGCACUGUCGAAUCGGCUCCGUCAUUGCCCCCGAUCAGAACUGGGAUUUCAAGAUUGGGGACAUCUGACAGCCCUACAAGCGCUGGUGGUUUGGUAUCGUCGAUAAGAGAGAACGUGAUGCAAUCCAUACACGGCUUUGUGAUGUUCAUUGCAUUUUUCAUCUUGUUCCCACUUGGUACAAUCGCAAUGCGAUCCGGGUCCUCGAAGUCAUUCAAAUAUCACUGGUCCAUUCAACUGGUAGCCGCCCUGUUUGCUUGGUCCGGUGCAAUUAUUGGCCUUUUGAUGGACCAUAACAUAAACACCCUCCACCAAUGGAUUGGUGUGUUUUUAGGGGCAUACCUCUUCAUUCAGGGCUUGUUAGGCUGGCAACAUCAUCGGGUCUUCGUUCGCAUUCGCCGCCGGCACUGGGUCUCCUACUCACAUAUAUGGUUUGGACGACUCACUCUAGUCCUUGGCUGGACCAACAUUAUUACCGGCAUGUUGCUGUCCGGAACCAGCACUACUUGGAUCGCUUCUAUGGCAGGGCUGAUUGCCGUAAAUGCUUUAGUUCUAUCGUUCUGGAUCUGGAAAGCCUCUAGGCGUCAGUUGCGUACCAAGGUGUCUCCAGCCGAUGAGGCUGCUUCCCAAUCGUUGUGGCCUGAUCCAAAGCAAGGAGAAUAUUUUGCCCUAGGAACAAUAGAUGAGGAUGACGGCACGGAUUCGGAGGGGGAGAGGGAGAAUAAGAAGAAUAACCGUGCGCCCUACGACCCAGUGCGUGAGAGUUCUGGGCAAUGA